AUGGUGGGCGUCGGGCCCGACGGGGAGAGGUCCUCCCUGGCAAGGGUGUGUAUCGUGAAUGCUGAAGGCGGCAUCCUGCUGGAUGUCCAUGUGCAGCAGAAGGAGCGGGUCACCGACUACCGCACCAAGUUCAGCGGCAUCCGACCCAAAGAUCUGGACCAGGCUUGGCCCCGGGAGGUUGUGCAGGCCUGGGUCAAAGACCUGGUGACAGGCAGGGUCCUGGUCGGCCACGCGCUGCACAACGAUCUGGAGGCGCUCGAGAUGAGCCAUCCAGCGACAGGGUCGCGGGACACGGCCAGAUACCCGCCCUUCAUGUUCCAGCAGGCACAAGGGGGGAGGUACAAGUCGCGGUCCCUCAAGCAGCUGUCUGCUGAGGAGCUAGGACUGAGCAUUCAGGAUGGGGAGCACUCCCCAGUGGAUGACGCCCGGGCCGCGCUGUACCUCUACCUCAAACAUCGCAAGGUGGGGAGCGGGGUGUAA